AUGGCCGUGACGUGGACCAGCGGCUACGACAUCGGCGAGGCCUACCCGUUCGUGGAGUGGGGCGUGGUCGCCUCCGGCGGCAACCCCACGCGCACGCCCGCCGGGACGCUCACCUUCACCCGCGGCAGCAUGUGCGGCGAGCCGGCGCGGACGGUUGGGUGGAGAGAUCCCGGGUUCAUCCACACGGCGUUCAUGAGGGGACUGUGGCCCAACAAAGAGUACUUGUACAAGAUUGGGCAUGAGCUCUCUGACGGAACGGUGGUGUGGGGCAGGUCCUACACUUUCCGGGCGCCGCCGACCCCCGGGCAGAACUCGCUGCAGCGCAUCAUCGUCUUCGGUGACAUGGGAAAGGCGGAGAGGGACGGGUCAAAUGAGUUUGCCAACUACCAGCCAGGGUCGCUUAACACAACGGACAAGCUUGUUGAAGAUUUGGACAACUAUGACAUCGUCUUCCACAUCGGCGACCUGCCCUACGCCAACGGGUACCUCUCCCAGUGGGACCAGUUCACCGCACAGGUCGCCCCCAUCAGCGCCAACAAGCCCUACAUGGUUGCAAGUGGCAACCACGAGAGAGACUGGCCCAACACCGGCGGAUUCUUCGACGUCAAGGACUCCGGUGGCGAGUGCGGCGUGCCGGCCGAGACCAUGUACAAGGUGGACUACGGGAUGUUCCGGUUCUGCGUGGCGGACUCGGAGCACGACUGGCGGGAGGGGACUCCGCAGUACAAGUUCAUCGAGGAGUGCCUCUCCACGGUGGACCGGAAGCACCAGCCGUGGCUCAUCUUCGCGGCGCACCGGGUGCUGGGUUACUCCUCCAACUCGUGGUACGCCGACCAGGGCUCGUUCGAGGAGCCCGAGGGCCGGGAGAGCCUGCAGAAGCUGUGGCAGCGGCACCGCGUCGACAUUGCCUUCUUCGGCCACGUCCACAACUACGAGCGUACUUGCCCGCUCUAUCAGAGCCAGUGCGUCACCAGCGAGCGGAGCAACUACUCGGGCACCAUGAACGGGACCAUCUUUGUCGUGGCAGGCGGCGGCGGCAGCCACCUCUCGGGCUACACCAGCGCGACCCCCAAGUGGAGUGUGUUCAGGGAUAAAGACUACGGGUUCACCAAGCUCACUGCCUUCAACCACUCGUCGCUUUUGUUCGAGUACAAGAAGAGCAGCGACGGCAAGGUGUAUGACUCCUUCACCAUCCAUAGGGACUACCGCAACGUGCUCGGAUGCGUGCAUGACAGUUGCUUCCCCACCACACUUGCUACCUAA